AUGCCCGCGCUGGCGCGUGGGAUGAAGGUCCGCUCAUCUGUCAAGAGGCUUUGCAAUCACUGUGCGCUUGUGCGUCGAAAAGGUCGGCUGUAUGUGAUUUGCAGUAAGAACGCAAAGCACAAGCAGCGUCAAGGAUAA